UCUCUCUCUCUGCGGCCUGACUGAUCCCACCCUACAAAUCCAUCAUAAACCCCUCGUAUUGCUCUGCUUCUCUCUCUACCACCAAAACCGACAUCUCUUGUCAUCACUUUCUCAAGUUUCUGGCACAGAAAUUGUCUUUGUUGAUUCAUAGAGAGAAAAUUGCAAGGAAUUGUCGUGAUGAGGGGUGUUGUAAGGUUGUUGAGUAGUGUAGUUAACAGAGAAAGGCAGCAAAUUUUGCGCUCCUCAAUCCGAUGCUUUUCUUCUUCAACCUUUGCUCCUAGGGAUCAUCCUCUUUUUGGUCCUUCUCCCUUCAAAAUAUCUCCUCUCUCACCAUCUUCCACAUGUCAAUGGAACAGCUUGAGAGGGCAGAGGAGGAGCAUGUUUAUCCAGACACAAACAACACCCAAUCCCUCAUCGCUCAUGUUCUAUCCUGGAAAGCCAGUUAUGGAAGUUGGGAGUGCAGACUUUCCAAAUGCUCGAGCUGCCAUGAAUUCACCUCUGGCCAAAUCGCUCUAUGCCAUUGAUGGAGUAUCUCGAGUUUUCUUUGGAUCAGAUUUUGUCACAGUAACAAAAUCAGAAGAAGCUUCUUGGGAUUUUCUGAAACCGGAAAUAUUUGCAGCAAUCAUGGACUUCUAUUCAUCAGGGAAACCAUUGUUUUUAGAUUUGAAUGCUGCCACUUCCACGGAUACUGUGAUUCAUGAGGACGAUUCAGAGACGGUUGCCAUGAUCAAAGAAUUAUUGGAGACUCGAAUUCGUCCAGCCGUGCAAGAUGAUGGUGGAGACAUUGAAUAUAGGGGUUUCGAUCCAGAGACAGGUAUAGUCAUGUUAAGAAUGCAAGGAGCUUGUAGUGGGUGCCCGAGUUCCUCAGUUACUUUGAAGUCCGGUAUCGAAAACAUGCUUAUGCAUUAUGUGCCAGAGGUUAAAGGUGUGGAGCAGGAAUCAGAUCCAGAGGAUGAGGAAUUGAAUAUGACAGCCCAAAUGGAAUGAUGUGAAUCAUGCUCCGCAUCGUGUGUACGAAUAAACUUUGCAUGCAGAUAUUCUCUGUCAAAAUUUACCCCUCAAAUUUUUUACUAUUUAUUGCGAUGGUUGAGGCCAUGUGGGUAAGUGCAUGAGGUUCCAUGAGCUGUUUUUUAUUUUUUCUUUACAUGCUAACAGGUUAGGAAUACAAUGCUUGUUGUUAUGUUGUGGCUCUGCCACCUAGGCCAAAGACCCAUUAUGACAUUCCAUAAACUUUUAUGUAUAGUCGCAGUGUAUUUUCUGCCAUUUGAUUUAA